CAGAAAGUCCACAGCGAAGCACAGGGAAAAUGGCAUGCAGCAAAGUAUUUAUCUUGUUAUUUUGCGUACUUUGCAACCAGGCUGUGGCACAGAAAGACGAUCGCGAAGUGUAUAUGAAUGUGCGGACCUUGAAGAAGACCUGACUGUUUUUGGAUGAGUUUUGUUUAUUUUUUUCCCAGAAACAAAACAAAAAAUAAGCAGGCAGACUUUUUUUUUUUUUAAAUCAUCCUGAAAUCAGAAAAAUCACUGUUAGUUAGACAUCACUCACUCAGGGAUCUUUGGCACCUAUCAAAAAGAAAAAUAAAGUCAUUUUGUUUUUAACAAUGUGAAUAAUUAAGUUGUAACGAUGAAAGAAUGCAGUUGCAAUUUAUGAGAAUGAAGUCAUAAUUUUUCUGUGGAAUAUAACUGCCCAAAGGAAUGAAUAUUGUGACUAUAUUGUCAUUACAGUUUAUAGGCCUAUACCUCUAUUGCUGAUGCUGUUAUAUCUGUGUCUCCAUUAUUUGCAACAAAUAAAGAAAGUAAAUGAGUGAAAUGUUAUGCUGAUCCUGCAAUAAGUGAGGAAACAAAUUUUGUAAAUAGUAACUUCUCUUCAUGGACGCCCUCCUUCUCCUCCUCCUCCAAACACAAUCACAUGUCCACACGUAAGCUUCCCUUCACUAAGUCUGCCUCAUCCUCUUCCUCUGGAAAAUCACUUCUGAUUGACAACAUCUUCUUUAUGGACAAGACCGUGCACAACAUGAAGGACACUUUUUGUAUUGCGAGUUCACUAUUUGGCCCUGGAAGACAAGAAUGUGGCUCUUGUUAUCUCAUCAGCAUGCAUUCCGUCAUAGGCAUUAUUGUCUCUGAUAUCUUCUUGACCAUCUUCAUUGCGGGCUCUGUUUUCUACUUGUUGACCCUCCUCAAGAAAAGGACAGAGCGGGAUGCAAAAAUACAUGCAGAACCAGAAGAGAUAACAGAAUCUCCCUAUCAGGAGUUGCAUGGAAUUCAAUCAGAUGUGUACAGUGAACUUCAACACUUCAGGAAAUGAAAUCCGGUCUUUUUCAGUUCCAUGUUCCAUUGCAUUAACUUUAUGCAUUGUUCCAUUGUGUACUGCUAAAUCUCAUGUCCUGUUUUGCUCUCGUGAAUAAAAUGAUAUGUGCUACAACGAAG